AUUAAAUCACUCAGAUUUCGACACAAAUUUUGUCUACCUCGUAUAUUGAAGGAAUUAACGUGUCUAGGGCGUUAUUUUUGGCAUUGCGAUAAAGAUUUAAUUUUUCUGCGAUGUCAAAAAUACUAAUUGGGUCUUUAUUUAUGAUUGUAAUAAUUUUUGCCUUCAAAUCUCAGAGUCGACGAAUAUCUACAAUUGUGCAGUUCCAGUUGCAGCUGAAUUUCGACGAGGGAGACGAUGGCGUUUGUCAAUUAUUUAUUUCGACACACUUCGUGUGAGAAAAAUAAAUUACCACAUUUUCAGACCUUUUUUUGGCCUUUCUGUAAUGAGUUUACCUAUUCAUCUGAAUAAAUUGGUGUUUAUUUAAGUAGUUAAAUACCUACCUAAUUAACUUGGUAAGUAGUUUGUUCAGGUUAAGACUUUUCAGAGAUGAUUUCGUAGAAACGAGAAAAAAAUAAAAUAUUCAAAUUUAAUUUUCUCCAAUAUGUACCUAGUCGAAGAAAAAACAAAAAUAAACCUCGUCUACUUUUAAAGUUAUAGCGUUAUAAUCCUCAAUAGUUGCUCGGUUUUCACAGGUUGAACUGCUCAUCAGAGUUGCAAUAUGUCUGCAGGUAAAUUCAAUAUCGAAAAAUUCUACGCUCUACGAUUCAUUAAAUUAUACCUGAAUUCGUGCGGAGUAUCGACGAAUUAUGAAUCAAAAUCCGUUCUGUUUCCGGUCUACAAGUACUAUUUGUUGACUUGUUUCUCAAUUCUCACCUACGGUCAAUUGAUGCAUUAUCAAAACGUCAACGGGUUCCCAGAAUUUGCCAAGACGACGGUAUUCGUAUUCAGCGCGUUUUACCUCAACUAUUGCACUUUGCAUGUGCAUUUCAAGAGAAAACAGUUCGGCGAAAUUAUUCGACUGAAGAACGAUAAUUUCUAUACGUAUUCGAAUCUCGUGUAUGAUUUACACGGAUUAGAGGUUGAUGAGAAGUUUCGUAAUAUCGUGCAGAAGUAUGGUAAGAUUUGGGCUUCGGUGUAUAGCGUCGUUGAAACGGUGCCUUUGAUAGUGACGCCGUUUUCCGAAUACGAAUUAGGUAGUCCGGAGACAUUGAUGAUACCUUGCAAAUUUCCUUGGAAAGCCAACACACCGGUUAGUUACUUGUUGACGUAUUUGCUGCAGUUGAAUUGUAUCGCACCGAUAUCGUUUCCUGUCUUCGGUAUGGUGUUUUUUAGUGUUUAUUUUCUGUUGGAAAUGAGAGCUCAAAGUGAACGUAUAUGUUUGGUGAUUCGAGAGAUUAAAUCGAUGAGUCAAAUCGAAGCACUUGUCAGCACAUCUCGUAAAUUCGCUAUGUCGACGAACACGUUCGAUAAGUAUAGGUAUUCGGAGAAUAAACUUUUGAGAGGGUUUUUGGUCGACGAAUAUAAUAAAAUAUCUCUGCAAAAGUUGAUUCAUUGUUUGAAGCAUCAUCAGAAAAUUGUCAGGUUUAUUAAUAACUUUGUUUCGUGCGUCGAAGCCAUGUUUCUUGGAGAUUUACUUUACAGCGUUGGUACGAUUACGUUUGUUGGGUAUACUUUAGUUGGAGGAAUGGUACAUCCUUCGUGGUACAUGCAAUAUCUGGCAUUGGUUUCUAUUGGGCUGCUUUAUCUUCUGUUGUAUUGCCACAUUGGUGAAGUAAUCAACGAUUGCAAUUACCAUAUCAAGGAGGCUUUAUACAACACCGAUUGGUACGAGUUAAACACCGAUUAUCGUAAAACCCUGGCUCUCUUCAUAUGCAAUAUAGAAAAUUGUCGGAAAUUGAAAACGUGUAAAUCUUACAUCGCUUCUUACGAGCUGUUCACCAGUAUUCUGAAAGCAUGUUACACCUACAUGAAUUUAUUACUGCAAUCGUUUUCACGAUAAAUUAAAAGUAUAUUGGAGUAUUAUUUAAUAUUAAACUUAAUCAUAUAAUGAGGUACAAAGCGUAUAAAUGAAUAAUAAUUUAUAAAUAUUUACAAAUACGAGUACAAAUGUUACUAAAGUAUAAAAAAUUUCCACACGUUCAUAUCUCGCUGCUCGAUCUAAUUCGACGAUUCACCUUUUGUUACCUGAAAACACAUCGAUGUAAUUAAACACACCAUAACUAGGUAUUUUGUAGAAAAAAUAAAUUGCUUCAAGACUCUCACCCAUG